CCGCGGGGCUCGGGCUCCUCCUGCCCUCGCGGCGCCCCGGCGCCCGCGGGGAUCGAGCCUGCUGCGGCAGCCGCGGGCGCCCCUGGGCACCCCUGGCACCGACCUCGGGCCUCCAGUUUAGCAGCCAGCUCAUUCCUGUCGAGGCGCUGAGGUCACAGCCCUCCCGCCGCGCCGACGGCGGCGGGUGACACCACCGGAGGUGGUCGCGCUGGGCGGGAAACCCAGUGGUCGGCAGCGAGGCGCAGCGGAGGCGGGAGAGCGGUGUGAGCGCCGGCGGCGGGCGCCGCGCGGCGGGACGGGGGCAGCGCUGGGAACUGGCGCCCAGCGACCCUCGGGUUUUGCACGGGAAAGACCGCCAGGUGUUGAGUAACUGCUUGCGCUGCUCGUGUGAUGCUGUGCCCGGUGGGUUAUCCUCCACAAACCUGUAAACAGCUGUCGGAUUUGAUGUAGAAAUGGGGGAGAGAGGAAGGCGUGUUGCCGUUGUGUCAGAUGCGGCAGGGCAUCUUCUGGUCUCUUUAGACACGUUAAAAGCAUCUCGUAGCAUCUCUUCUGUGACUGCAGUUUGUUAAGGUAGUACCACUACCUCCUCUGAAAAACAGAGCUGGGUCUGCAGCCGGCAGAAAGGCACGUCCGAAGGAGCCUGUUUUCGAAGGGAGGAGCUGCCCGAGGCUCGGGGAAGGCCCACAGCACGGGCUGAGCCAACUGGCCCCGCCGCUGGAGGUGUGCCUGGUGCGCAGGUGUCGCAGAGUCGCGCACAGGAGCAUCCCUGGCUUUAACUAGCCAGGUUUUCCGUCAGCAGUGAAGCCAAAAGGCUGGAAUUAGAAAGAAAACUGAUGGAAUACAGAAAGUCUGAUGCAUACCUAAUGAAACUAAAAUACAUGAAGCUGAAAAAAUAUUUGAAAGAAAUAGAUGAACGACAAAAAGGAGCUCUUCGGCGAAACCAGGCCUUUUUACAGGAAUUCGACCACUUUGAAGCUCAUAUGAAAACUUCAAGCUCAGAGAUGAUUCGGAAGAUGGAAGUAUGGUAUGGAAGAGAAAUUAAAAGUGUGUUAUCACUUCAAGAGGCUAACUUGUCAGCAGAAGGUGAUGAGGAAGAAGAAUGCAACGAGCAGAUGCCACGGGUUGGAAGACAGGCAGGAAUUAGCACCGGGCCAGCCGUGCCAAGAGGACUGUAUCAUCCAGCAACAGUCUUUAUGGGCCGCCCCACAUCAGCCGUCUCGGCUGCCGGAGGCUUGGGCAUGCAGCAGAAACCCCCCCAGCCCACAGCGAGCCGCUGGGUGCCCAACCGGCCUUCGUGCUCUUCAGCACUUGAAGGACUUGGUCCAGAGAGCAGAAGCGCCGAUUUAGAGAGUGAUGCAUCAGUGGAGGGAGCCGUGAGACGCGAGGACCUGGUGGCCAGCGAGGAAGGCUCCGAGCAGUUCAUCUCCUCAGCAUCUGGCCCCGAAGCAGCUGCUCCCGAGGCUGAACGGCCACACGGAAGCGUCCCAGGACCAAAGCCUCUCCUGAGUAACCGGUGGACUUGUAAGGAGGCGAGCUGGGAGAGCAGUGCUGAGCUCCCAGUCCCCGCAAGCACCAAGGAGGUGAUGCUGCAGGGAACGGCCUCACCAGGCAGCGGCUGGGAGCGGGGCGGGGGUGCCCACACUGCGGAGGGCUCCCCGCUGCAACCUCCAAGCCCCCCCACAGCACAGGAGGAGCCCUCAGUCAGCUCAGCACCAGACGGGCACCGUGGGAUGCUGGCGGGACUGGGGCUCCCCCGGGCGCUGCAGCUGAUAGAAGACGUGGUGACGAGGACGAGCCCCCAGCACCGGGCGCUGUACCAGGGCGAGCACGUGGGGACGAUGGGGAUGGCGGAGCUGCUCAGCUUUUGUAAUCGGGCUGGCAGUCUGAAAGACGACGACCUUGAAGCCUGUGAAGCAGUCGUCCUUCAUCAGCUUCGGGCUUUAUUACAGAGCGUGCUGAACGGAUGCCUCCUACCUGAGAAAACACUCAACGCUAACGGUAGAGCGGCGGAUGAAAACCAAAGCAGGCCAGACCAGCAGUGGGAUGUGGAGGUGCUGCAGACUCGCCUGAGCAACCAUGCCUUGUUCUUGAAAAAGCACCAGGUUCAGCUCACGGAAGAAGUGGCCGAGAUGUUUGAAAGCCUGCUGGUUUCCAGCAAGAAGGCGCAGGACGGCCAGGCUCUACCGGUGUUGAGAGAGGUGCUUCCAGAAGAGUGUGGGGAUAGGUCAUCUAUUCAGAGUAAUGAAUCAUCUUACAGCUCGCCAUCGAUCCCAAACGGCGGUGGGGAAAUAAAGCAGGCAAAACACGCUCCCCGGCUCACCAGCGCGGGAGAACAAGAAGUCACAAGCUGGUGUGAAGAUGAGAGCAAGGAAGAAAGCGCGGUCGAAAAGAUUCCUAUUACAGGUCGGGACAGUGGCAAUAAUAGUUCCAAAGCAAAAGCAAGCCAAGACACGCACUCAGAAACUAGUUCUUCUUCGAAUGAAAGAACUCCUCCCUUCUCAAGGACCGCAGCCAGGAAGGGAGUGGUAACUGCUAUCAGAUCCAAAGCUUUCUGGGGUGAAUCUGACGACAGCAGCUCCGAGAUUGAGGCUGCUUUGCGCCCACAAACUCACAGCACCGAAGCAGACGAAUUUGAUGACUUCUAUGAUUAAGACUCCCCCCUUCACUUUUGGGAAGAAAUGAGCAAUAUCAUCUUGUACAUAUUGAGAGUGCCACUCUCUAAAGUGCGGCUCACCACUUUAUAGUAAAAGAAAAUUUAAAUGCAAAAUAAAUAUUACUUGGUACUGUCCCCGGC